AUGUCAAGAGACGAUUCAUUACAACCUUUAAAAGUUACGGUGAUUGAUGAUCCGCCAUUGACGGAUCAACCAGAAGCGUUUAAUGAUAAAUCUAAUUAUAACCCGGAAAUUCCUAUUGCCAUAGAUUUUGGAUCUUCUACUGUAAGGGCAGGGUAUACCAAUGAAGCCAGGCCAUCUCAUAUUUUCCCAACGAAGUUGACUAGAUAUAGAGAUCGUAAAAUAAACAAGACUUUCACUUUCACCGGUAAUGAUUGUUCAUUAGAUCAAACAAUCAGAUCUCAAAUGAAAUCACCAUUUGAUGGUGCCCUCAUAACAAAUUGGGACUACGUAGAGGAUAUUCUACAAUACACGUUCAAUCAUUUAGGUGUGGUGCCAGAUCAUGGUGUUCAAAAUCCAAUUAUAAUCACUGAAAAGUUAGCUACAAUACAGUCGCAAAGAUCAAAUUGGUAUCAAUUAUUGUUUGAAACUUAUAAUGUACCCAAGGCCACUUUUGGAAUUGACUCAUUAUUUGCAUUUUAUAAUAAUAAUAACGGAAGUGCGACUUCUACUGGGAUGGUCAUCGAUUGCAGUCAUGAAGAAACAAAUAUUAUUCCUAUUGUCGAUGGUCAAGGUAUAUUAACAGAUGCGAAACGGAUCAAUUGGGGUGGGAGGCAUGCUAUAGAUUAUUUAAGUAAUUUAUUAGCUCUGAAAUAUCCAUAUUUCCCAACGAAAUUAUCUUCUUAUCAAUAUGAAUCUAUGUACCAGAAUUUUUGUUACGUCUCACAAGAUUAUGAUGAGGAAAUCAGUAAAAUCUUAACUCUAGAUGUAUUAGAAGAAAAAGAUGUGGUCAUAGAAACUCCAUUCACUGAAGUACUGCAACCUCAGAAAACUGAGGAAGAACUGAGGAUCCAGGCUGAGAAAAGAAAAGAAAGUGGGAGGAGAUUGCAAGAGCAAGCUAAAAAGAGAAGAAUCGAAAAAUUAAUUGAAAAGGAGGAAGAAUACGAGUAUUUUUCUAAAAUUAGAGAAGAUUUGAAAGAUCAGCCGAAAAAGAAAAUCUUAUCGAUUCUGCAAAAUAGUGGGUUUGAUGACGAAGAUGACUUCAAGAGAUAUCUUUUUAACCUGGAAAGAUCGUUGAAAAGAGCAAGAGCUAACGAUGAAGAUGCCAUGCUUGAAAAUAUACAAGAUAAUGAAACCACGGAUGGAAAAUUUGAUCUUCUUGAAAUACCAGAUGAAAAAUUGGAUCCAGAACAGAUAAAAGAAAAAAGGAAACAGAGAUUAUUAAAGGCUGGGCAAGAUGCUAGAAAAAAAGCCAGAGAGGAAAAGCAAAAAGCAGCCGAAAAAGCAGAAGAGUUACGUUUAAAAGAGAUUGAAUGGCGUAAAAUUGAUUUGAAUGGCUGGAUAAAAGAUAAAAGGUCCAAGUUGAAUACCUUAGUGAAGAGAAGGAAAGAUAAAAUCAGGAUGCGUGAUGAAAUGAAAGAUCGUAAAUCACAAGCAGCCCAGAAUAGAAUGAAAAAUCUUGCAACUCUAGCGGAAGAUAACCUACGUACAGGAACUAAACGAAGCAGACAACAGGCCACAAUUGACAACGAUCCAAAUGACACGUUUGGUACAAAUGAUGAAGAUUGGUUUGUAUACAAUGACAUAACGAAAAAUCCGGAUGCGUUUGAAGAGGCUCUCGAAGAAGAAUACAAAGAAAUUAUUGAACUUGAAGGACUACUUUUAGAACAUGAUCCCAACUUUACUGAAGAAGACACUGUUGAAGCUCAAUAUGAUUGGAGAAAUUCAACUUUGCAUUUGUUUUUGAGAGGGCCUAGACCUCAUGAUAGUGAAGAUAUUCAUCAGCAACAUCAAAUUCAUCUAAAUGUCGAACGUAUACGAGUGCCCGAAAUUGUUUUCCAACCAAGUAUGGGUGGGUUAGAUCAAGCGGGUAUUGCCGAAUUAAGUGAAACUAUACUUUUGAGAAAAUUUGGUUCCGAACCAAAGCACCUAAGCGAAUUAUCGUUGACGAUGGCAAAUAAUAUAUGGCUGACUGGGGGCAAUUCAAAAAUUCCUGGACUUAGAGAAAGAAUUGUUAAGGAAUUCAGAGAAUUCUUACCUGUGAAUACCCAAUUUAAUGUUAAUAUGACUUCAGACCCUACAUUUGACGCAUGGAAUGGUAUGGCAAAACUAGCUCAAAAUGAAACUGAUUAUAAGAAGACGAUAAUAUCUAAAAAGGAGUAUGAAGAGUAUGGCCCAGAGUACAUCAAAGAGCAUAAACUCGGUAAUAUGAAAUAUUUUGAAUAG